ACUUUCUUUAUAAACCCACCUGCCCCAUUUAGUUCACAUGCACAAGUUGAAAGCUUUAAUACCUCUCUAGAAUUGAAUCCCUUCUCCAAGUUUCUUUCUUUCUUUCUUUUUUUCUUUUCUUGAAGUCCCCAAUUCCAUUAUUGGGGACUGUUUAUCCACUCAUAGAGUGUUUUUUUCUUUCUCUUUUUUCCUUUUUUUCUGUAAAGAAACGUUUCUCUCUUUUUCUCUUCCAAGUAAGUUGUGUGAUUUUUGUUGCGGUAUUCCAAGAUCAUGGGGAAUUGCAUUGGGUCACGCACAAGAAAGCGAUUACACGAAGAGGAUGACCAUGACAUGGAAGAACAGUAUCAGGAUUAUGUCCAAGAACAAAAAUGGGAAUCCGAGUUUGGUAAAGAAACUAGUAACGAUUUUGAGAAAGGUGGUCUUAAGAUUAAGAUAAUUCUUACGAAGGAGGAAUUACAGUGGCUGAUGUUGCAGCUCAACGGUGGUGAAGGGAAGAAAUUAGAAGGUGUUCUGCAAGAAAUCGAAAGAGAAAGAGAGAGAGGCAAGGUUAGCAGAGCCUGGAAACCUUCUUUGGAAAGCAUCAAGGAGAGUCCUGAAGGGCUUGAAAUGGAAAGAUCUUGAACUCUUCUUCAUGCAUAUUUUUGUCCUCCUUUUAGUGAGGUUUUUUAAAUUUGGGUUUUUAGCUUUCUUAAUGACCCAAGUUUUAGAAAUGAGGUUUUUCCUGUUUGUGCACACCUGGUGGUGAGAUUUCUACGUUGAUCUUUCAGUUGAUUCUCUCUUCCUCUCAUUUAUAUAUAUAUAUAUAUAUAUAUAUAUAUAUAUAUAUAUACACACACAUGUAAUUCAGCACCUUUUUUGUAUAUGUAUAAUAUGCAAUAAUACAACAGCUGCUAUAUAAUGGAGAAACAGAUCUAGUUUUUGUCUACUGGAAGUAUGUCCGAUUUUGUAGCUCUUGUUAAGGUUGUAAUGCAACCAGAAUAGAUAUUUAAAACAAAUCUUGAUAUAUACAUAUAUAAUGUACUAAUCGAGUUUUUAAGUGAUUAUAGAAAUUUAAAUGAUGAGUAAUUUCUCUUUA